AUGAAUGAGACGCGCACAGAUGAUUAUGACAACACAGAAAACUACACUAAUGAUUAUCCAGAUGAUAACGAAUAUAUCUGUAACCUGAAUCCCAACCGUGAUAUGGAGAUAGUCAUACAGACCUACUUCCAUUCCUUCAUCUGUGCAUUCGGUUUCUGUGGCAAUGCAUUGGUGAUAGUCACAUAUGCCUUCUACAAGAAAGCCAAGACCAUGACGGACGUGUACCUUCUGAACGUGGCGGUGGCAGACCUGCUCUUCAUCGUGGCCCUACCUCUCAUAAUUUACAAUGAGCAGCAUGACUGGAGCAUGGGCUCAGUGGCCUGCAAGGCUUUGCAAGGAGCCUACAGCAUCAACCUGUACAGUGGCAUGCUCCUGCUGGCCUGCAUCAGUGGAGACCGCUACAUCUCCAUUGUCCAGGCCAGGCGCUCCUUUGGCCUCCGGUCCCAGAACCUGAUCUAUAGCCGCCUAAUCUGUACAGCCAUCUGGGCUCUGGCUAUAGCCCUGUCCAUCCCCACAGUCAUCUACAAUGAGCUGGUUGAGGAGACCAUCUUGCUGGAAGGGACUAUAACCGUGUGCCAGGCGCAGUUCCAAAGUAACAGGACCGCCCGGUUGAUGAAGGUGCUGGUGCCUAGCCUGCAGGUGGCCAUGGGGUUCUUCCUGCCCCUCCUGGUCAUGGUCCUCUGCUAUGCCAGGAUCCUAUGGACCCUACUGAAGGCCCAAAGCACCCAGAGACACAAGGCGGUUCGUGUGGUCCUAGCCGUGGUGGUGGUCUUCAUCGUGUGCCACCUGCCCUACAACGUGGUGCUACUCUACCACACGGUAGCGCUGUUCCAUCAAAGGGAGUGUGAGGUAGAGACCAUCAUCCUCACCACCCUCACCAUCACCAGGAGCCUGGCCUACCUCCAUUGCUGCCUCAACCCCAUCCUGUAUGCCUUCAUCGGUGUCAAGUUCAGGAGCCACUUCAGGAAGAUCCUGGAGGACCUGUGGUGCAUGGGCAGGAAGUACAUCUACCCAUCUGGACGCUCCUCACACAUGACCUCUGACCUCUAUAUCCCAGCACACAAGUCCACCGACGGAUCCAACAAAUCCAACAAGAACGGCUCGUCGUUUACCAUGUGA